AUGAGAUCCAAGAGCAGUGGGGUGGAAAGCCCAGCCAAUGGAGUACUGAGGGUUCCCCAGGCAACGCAUGACAUAAACCAAGAAGAGGAAGUAAAUCUGCAUGCACCUAUAAAGAGCCUAAAGGUCAAAGUUCAACCAAACAAUGAGGAAGUGGAGGAGUUGGUGGUCUCUGACAUAGAAAAGUCAACUGAGGACAGCUCAGGGACUAGUGACCAAAGACUGGGAAUCAUCAACUUUACUAAAGAGGACCUUCUGAGGCUGCUAGGUGUCAUGGAAUGUGAGGUUCAGGCGAUGGAGGAUGUUAUCUGUGUGCUGAAGACUGAGAAGACACGGACGACUCUGGAGUCCCACUAUGGUUCUACAGUUCCUACCACAGCCCUCCAGGCCUUACAGAGAGACAGCCUUCUCACCACCAUCCGGACACACAAUGACAAUGUCUACCCGAGGCCAAUGGCUGAACUGGACCAUCUACAGGAGAAACACAAGGACACGUACCGGCGCAUGCUGGAACAGCUUCUAUUGGUUGAGAAGUGUCACCGGCGCACCGUGCACGAGCUGGACAAUGAGAAACGCAAACACACUGACUACAUGAGCAAGAGUGACGACUUCACUAACCUACUGGAGCAGGAGAGAGAGAGAUUGAAGAGGUUGCUGGAGAAUGAGAAAGCAUACCAGGUGCGUAAAGAGAAGGAGCACACCAAGCAUCUGGAGAAGGUAAGAGAGGAGCUGGUCAAACUGAAGUCCUUUGCCCUGAUGCUGGUGGAUGAGCGGCAACUCCACCUGGAGCAGAUGGACCAGCAGAGCCAGAGGGUCCAGGAGCUGAACCAGCAGCUGCAGGAGAGAGAGCAGACCCUGAACGACACCUGCGGCCGAGCACAGGAGGACUGCCAGAGGGCCCUGAGCUUGGAGGGCAAGCUGAAGGAACACCAGGCCAAGUUUACCCAGGAGCAAGAGGAGAUGACAGCCAAGCUGGUCAGCCAGGAGUCCCAGAACCGCCAGCUGGAUGCCAAGCUGUCUGGACUCACCCACAGACUGGAGGAGCUGGAGGAGAGCAACGUAGCACUGAGGAGGUCAGAAAAAGAGCUGCGCGAGCUGAGGGAUAAGAUCAGCAAAGGGGAGUGUGGGAACUCUAACCUAAUGACAGAACUAGAGAACUUCCGCAAACAGGUAUUUGAGAUGAAAGGGCAGGACGAAGAAAUCACCAAGGCAGAGGUCCAGUACAGGGAGAUGAGGAAGAGGCUGCAGGAAGAGGAGAGCCAAAGGAAAGAACUCAAACUGCAGGUGGAGAAGCUCCAGAGAAGGAUGGUGAAGCUGGAGAGACUAGAGGGGGAGUUCGACGCCAGCAAGGCAGAGUGCUCCCAGUUACGCUCCACUCUGGAGAGAGGGAAGGGCAUGUCGAAGGAGCUCAACGAUGAACUGGUAGCAGUUAAGAUACGCAUGAAAGAGAUGGAAUCUUCUGAGUUGAGACUGGAAAAGACUGAGCAGAGCCUUAAAGAUGACCUGGCGAAGCUGAAGUCAUUCACUGUGGUAAUGGUUGAUGAGAGGAAAAAUUUGAUGGAGAGAAUGAAGUUAGAGGACAAGAAUUAUGAUUUGAGUAAGAUGUUCAAGGCUGAGCAGGGCAAGGUUAUGGAAGUGACUGAGAGAUUAAUAGAGGAGAGUAAAAAGCUCCUGAAGUUGAAAUCAGAGAUGGAAGCCAAGGUAGGGACCCUUACCAGAGAGAAAGGAGAGCUUAGUACUAGGCUUGCUUGUGAAAUGGAAAAGAGCAAGGAUCUUAGCUCCAAAGUCAGCCAAAUGAACAAGAGGUUAUAUGGAUUGGAGGAGGAAGGAAAUAUAGGCAAAAAUAACAUAGCAAAGAGGGAACUGGGAAGCUUGUCAGAUGGGGGUUUGAAAGAGUACAACAGGGUGAAGGAGCUAACAUUUGAAAUAGAGCAAUUAAAAAAACGCCUCAAGCAGCUGGAGGUUGUGGAGGGAGAUUUGAUAAAGACAGAGUAUCAGUACGACCUGCUGGAGAAAAAGUUCCUGACAGAACAAAACAAGGCCCACAUUCUCUCCCAGCAGGUGGAGGAGAUGAAGAGUCAGAUUUCCCUGGAUAAAGGCAUAGAGAAAGGAGAGGUGGAGAGCCAAGAAGUAGACCUACGACAGCGCUACAAGACGGAAGAGGCCAAAACCAGAGACUUGCAGAAUGACAUAGUAGCCCUCAAGGAGAAGAUCCACGAGCUGAUGAACAAAGAAGACCAGCUCUCUCAGCUCCAAGUGAACUACUCCUUCCUCCAGCAGAGGUUCCUAGAGGAAAAGGAGAAGAAGAACAAGAUGAGCAUUGAGGUCCUCCACCUCACCAAAGAGCUGGAGGUGACCAAGCGCCACAGCCGCACUCUACGAUCCAGCCUGAAUGGGAGGAGGAUGGUGGACAUCGCCAUGGCGUCCACUGGAGUGCAGACUGAUGCACUGGCCACUGAGAUGGCAGAAGAGGACACCCCAGCUGUGUUCAUCAGGAAGUCUGUCCAGGAAGAGAAUCACAUCAUGAGUAACCUUCGACAGAAGUGCCUCAAGAAACCCACAGAGAAAGCUGGUGGUCAAGAACACUUCUCACUCUCUGCUGCAGCUGACCUCAGCAUGAAGAAGUCUUGGAUUCCCUCGAUGCGGAAGAGGGAAAAUAUUCCUCAGGGUGGUAAUGUGGACAAGUCUGUGGGUAUCAACAGUGAAUCCAUGCAUUCUGAGCUGGCCAUGUCCCAAAAGGAAGGGCAGCCUUUACGCAUCAGAGUGACCCCAGACCACCAGAACAGCAUGGCUACCUUGGAGAUCAGCAGUCCCACUACUGAGGACCUUUACUCCAGCUCCAACCUCAGUCCCACGCUACAGGUCCACCAGAAGUCUCGGAUUACCAUCAUUCCCACCCACACCCACACCACCACCUCUUCAAGGGGCAGAGCCAGCGCCAGGCCAGGGGGACCAGAGAGGGCCAAGUCCCCCGUCAGCAUCACCACCAUCUCCAGGGCCAAGUUACCAGAGUGCAGCAUGGCCUCCUCAUCUUCCUCAUCCUCUUCCUCUUCAGGCAGGCCCAUGUCACCUAUAUCCAUCAUGACGGUCAGCACAUCCAUGCUGUCCAACAUUUCCGCCACCCCAGAGCUCCAUGAGAUGACCAUGGCCCGGGCAAUGUUCAAGGUCACCCCUGAGAAACAGAUGGUCCCCACGCAGAUCAGGAAGUACAACUCCAACGCCAGUAUCAUCACCACCACAGAGGACAAUAAGAUCCACAUCCACCUGCAUGGCUCCCAGUUCCAUAAGGGCCCCUCUGAGGGCCACAACAACAACAACACAGGCCCCAAGGUGGUGGUUAGGCCUGUCGGCAUGGCAACGGAGUGUAACAGAGAGAUGACGUUAUCCACGGGCACAGUGUUGCGCUCCACUCGCCACAGCACUGCAGCUCUCAAAACCACACCCAGUAAAGUGAUGAGCAGCAUCACUAUCAAUCCAGUCACGUCCACCCCUGCCAGACCAACACAAGCUGUGCCUGGGCAUGAUGCCCACCCAUCCCGGGCAGGGCCCACCCGUAUCCCCAUCUCCAAGAGCCUGAAGACGGGCAAAACCAUGCUGGGAGUUCUGGGGAUGUCUGGAGGAAUGAGAGCAGAGAGCCAGUCCAUGAGGAUAGAGCUUAAGAAAUCCACAAUCAGCAGCACAACAGCCUUUCAAAAUGGAGGGAAAAGCUGAUAGAGCCAGAGACACUAACAGGGAACAUUAAUCAAACAAGCUGCCAACCAUGGUAGUGUUCUAUGGGUCAGAGGUGCUCAGUGUAAAAGUUCCAAUGAAGUACCCCGAGGCAGAAAGAGAGAGGGGGGAUAUUCAGACAAGAGAAAGUAAUUUGGCUCCUCUCUAUUGAGCAGGAGGCUGAGUGGACCAUUGUGUUUUCGUCCAACUGAAAACAAUAUACAUAUCUAAACAUUAUACAAUAAAAUGUUGUACUUGAAAUUAUGUAUAUAUAUUUUUUAAACAAAUUCUAUUCUGUUUUCAUGUCGAUGAAAUCAACUUAACUGCUUUCUUAGUUAACCAUUGGCAUGUGUGCAUUUUUUUAAGGGAAUAUAACCAAUGUGGAUUGUUAGGUAAUGCUGCUACUAACUGCUUUAUGCAUUAGUUAUGUACUGCUUCACCUAGUGAGCUUUUCAUGACGCAUUUUGUUACUGCAUUUAGUACUGAGGACAAAUCAUUUGGUUUGCGGCAAAUUAAAUGUGUCCUUUUUAUAUCAAGGUUUUUGUAAUGACAUGUAAUUUAAAUUAAAUACUUUUUUGAAAGAUGACCUACUUCAGCAUAUUAAACAGAUAAUAUUGCUAAGCGCAAACAUGCAUUGUGUUCAUAAUAUUUGUCACACCCUGAUCAGUUUCACCUGUCUUUGUGCUUGC